AUGCUAGUGUGCUUCUUCAAAGGGCUUUUUUGUCCGCAUUUUCUAAGCAAAAGGGAACAACUAUGCUUAACCCGGAGAUCCUGCGCCCUACCCCCGCCAUUAGAGCCAGAUCCAAACGCUGAGUUAUGCUUAACCCGCCUCAGUGAAUCCCUUCAAGACCCAUUAAAGAACCUCCAAAACUGGAGCAAAGCUACCUUCGGUAACUCUUGCCAAGGCUUCACCUCCUUCCUCCAAUGCGCCACCUGCAACAACGGCCGGAUUUACAAACUCUCCCUCUCCAACCUCUCCCUAAAGGGCUCCAUCUCCCCCAAUAUCUCCAGCUGUACUAAUCUCCAAGCACUCGACCUCUUAUCCAACGCCAUCUCCGGCCCCAUCCCCCCUGACCUCCAAUACCUCGUCAAUCUUGCUGUCCUGAACCUCUCCUCUAACCGUCUUUCCAGCCCAAUCCCUCAACAGCUCACUCUCUGCGCCUACCUUAAUGUGAUCGAUCUCCACGAUAACCAACUUUCCGGGCUAUUCCCUCAGAAGCUAGGAUUGCCGGCCCGCCUCUCGAUUUUCGAUGUUUCGAAUAACAAGUUGUCGGGUCCGAUACCCUCGUCCUUAGGAAAUAGGAGUGGGAACCUGCCGAGGUUUAAUGCGAGCUCCUACGAGGGGAAGAAGGAUCUGUACGGGUACCCAUUGCCGCCGAUAAGGAGCAAAGGGCUAUCGGUUCUGGCCAUUGUAGGGAUCGGAUUGGGAAGUGGGUUGUUGAGUCUGGUGCUGAGCUUUGCAGCUAUUUCCGUAUGGUUGAAAAUUUCGGAGCAGAAAAUGGCUGCUGAAGAAGAAGGCAAGAUUAGUCAGCUCAUGCCGGAUUACUGA